AUGCACUGCACGGUAGCUAGCAUCGCACUGGUUGCCAGUCUCGCGGGACAGGCGGCGGCGCUUGGCGGCGACGCCAUCGUCCGCGUGCGACAGCUGUACCAGUUCCCCAACGCGACGCAGUUCGUCGAGAACAUUGCGAUCCGGCCCAAUGGACACCUCCUGCUCAACACCUUUGACGACGGGCGCAUGUACACGCUCGACCCGCGGCGCCACCACCACGGCGGCGACGACAACGGUGCGGCGCGGCUCGUGGUCAAGGUGCCGGGCGUCACGGGGCUGACGGGCAUCGCCGAGAUCGCGCCCGACGUGUUCGCCGUGUCCGCGGGCGUCAACAACCUCAGCGACUACAGCUUCGUGGCGGGCACGGCGCGCAUCCUAACCGUCGACUUCAACCGGCGGGCGGGCGCAGGCGGCGGAGGUCCGGUGGUGCGCACGGCGGCGCGGCUGCCCUCCGCGCAGAUCCUCAACGGACUGGUGGCCCUGCCGCGGCAUCCACACAUCCUCAACGGACUGGUGGCCCUGCCGCGGCAUCCACACGUCGUCCUGAGCGCCGACUCCAAGGCCGGGCGGGUUCUCCGCACAGACACGACGACGGGCCGCGUGGACGUGGCGUUUGCGGACGCGCGCCUCGCGCCGGGCGAUGUGCCGCCGGGCCUACCGACCCUGGGCAUCAACGGCAUCAAGAUCCACGGCGGGUUCUUGUACCUGACGACGUCGGCGCAGCGCGUGUUUGCGCGCGUGCGCAUUGAUGAAUGGGGCCGGCGCGUGGGCGACCUGGAGCAGCUUGCGCAGCUGCCGCUGAGUCCGCCCAAGGUGCCUGAUGACUUCUCCGUCGCGCGCGACGGGACGGCAUAUGUGGCGACGCAUCUUGAUACGCUGGUUAAGGUGGCGCCGGAUGGGCGGUGGACGCCCCUUGUGGUCGCUGAGGGAGACGUGAAGUUGGACUCGCCGACGUCGACGGCGCUGACGCGCGAUGAGAAGACGCUAUAUGUGGUGACGGGCGGAGGCACCGGUGGAAAGGGCGGGCAGGUCCUUGCUGUACAGCUGUGA